AUGACAAGCAGUUCGACAUUCACUGAAAAAAAUGUUACAACCAUACCCUCAGAUACAAUUCGCAAUGAUAUAACACACCAAGAUGAGAAACACCAAAAAAGUACAACGAGAAUAGAAAAGAAAAAAGAGAAAAAAAACACUGCAUUUGAUCUACUUGAUGUAACAAAAUCACUAGGUUACCAGAUUCAUAGGAAAUCAGGUAGAAAUUCAUGGUCAAAAGAUGAUGAUAAAAAAUUGAAAAAAUUAAUCAAUGAUACUUUAAUUAAUAUGAACUAUAAUAAUGGUAUUGAUGACAUCAAAACUAUCCAGCAAUCAAUGUCUAUUACGAAAGAAAUACCAUGGGAUUUAUUAGCUACUGAAUUUAAUGCAACAACAAAUGAUAAUCACAAUAAAAAAGUUACGAACAAACGAACAGCAAAAGAUUUAAGGAAAAGAUGGUCUGGUUCAUUAGAUCCAAAUUUGAAAAAGGGUAAAUGGACACCUGAGGAAGAUGAACUAUUAAUCAAAGCUUAUUCAAAACACGGAUCUCAUUGGCUUAGUGUAUCAAUGGAAAUACCAGGUAGAACUGAAGAUCAAUGUGCAAAACGUUAUAUUGAAGUAUUGGGACCAAGUAGUGAAGGUAGAUUAAGAGAUUGGACAAAUGAGGAAGAUUUAUCAUUAAUUAGUAAAGUAAAAAAAUAUGGUACCAAAUGGAGGAAAAUUUCAUCAGAAAUGGAAUUUAGACCUAGUUUAACUUGUAGAAAUAGAUGGAGAAAAAUUAUAACAUUAGUCAUUAGAAAUCAAGCUUCAAAUGAAAUUACUCAAGCUGUUAAAGAAAAUAAAAGUUUAAACUUAGAUGGAAUUUCAAAUGACUCAAAGGGAAAUGAUUCAAAUAAAGAGGAGAGAAAUAGACAAGAUAAUUUGCAGAAUGCCGAUCGACCAAUAACUAAAAUAAAUGAAAAAUCAAUGGCUACUACUAUGGAACAAGUACAUUCAAUCCUACCACUUAAGACAAAUGACAAAAAUCAAUCCGAUCCUGAUACAGCAGAAAGAAUAAAUUCCAAUCGAGAAGGAACGCCGUCUACUUUAUUUGAUAUUAGACAUUUACAUCCAUUAACAGAACUGACUUCCCCAUUAUCAAAUACAAAUUUGAAUCAAAUAAAUCAACCUCAUAAUAGUAAUAGUAGGACUGAUUUAAUAAGUCACCAAACAUCCUAUACUAACAAUAAUAGUAACCAUAAUAUAAUAAAUUCGUUGGCAAAUUCAGCAGAACAUUCACAAAAUAUCAAUACUAAUAACAACAACGUCAAUGAUAAUGCUGCAUUCAAGACCAACGGAAGCAUACAAACUAUACCAUCGAACCAUUAUAAAACAAACCCAUCCUCUCCCUCUAUAAAAUCUAAUAUAAAUACAGAAAUGCAAUGGAAAUUCACUUUAAAAGACGGUCGAGGUUUGUCAAUUUCUAAUGGGUCCAUAGAUACACCAGAGUUAGUAAAAGAACUUAUCGAACAAGCUAAAAAAUAUUCUUUAAAGAUUUCCAUUCAUCAACAUAUUCACAACCAUUAUGGUUCACAACCUGUAAUCAAUAAUCAAAAUAAUAUUCAUACUUUGAAAUCUAAUACAACUUCGUCAGUUCCAAAUCUACAACUAUGGGAGAAUCAGAACAGUACGACUAACAAUAACAACAAUAAUAAUAAUAAUGAUAAUAAUACUUUGAACUCUCAUUUAUUCGAUUUGUUUGGAACUAAACAUACUUCUGCCAAUCCCCAUUAUCAUGAGAAUAAUGAUACAACUACCACUCUUCAAAACAAUAAUAAUACAGAAAAUGCAUUUUUAUCCAAAUCUCCUACCUUUUCACCCUUUGGAUUCGAUCAUAAGGCAAAUUUAUUUUCACCUCCAUCUUUUCAACAGUUCCCAGACUUAUCACAAUCCAACUUUAAUACAGAUUCAAAUUCUAAUAAUGUUACUAAUGAUCAUGUUAAUCCAGUACAACACCUUGCACAACAGCAGGAUUCUACAAUAAUUUCAACCACUCAAGUGCAUUUCUCAUCAACAAAUGAAAGCAAUAUCUUAGAUGAAGCCAUUGAAAAAUCAGAUAAACAAUCAUCUGUUACUAGCAAUGCUACACCUGGUUCAACUGAUUCAUUUAGUACACCUGGAAGUGUACCUGAUGUUGGACCAAAUAGAAUAUCACAUUUCAAUUACUUACCACCUACUUUAAAACCCCAAUUAAGUUCAUCUGAUAAUGUCACAAGAACUGCUGAUUUAAAUAAAUUAUUAAAUCCGAGCCCUAGUAGUAAUAAUUCCGCUCAUAAUUCACAAACAAAUGAAAAAAGAAAGAAAAGGAAAAGAAAGAAAAGCACAAGCUUUAACAAUAGUUCAAGUAAUACUCCUUCAUCUGUCUCUACCAAUAAUUCUACGUCGACAGGUAUUCAUUUAAGUUAUCCCACUACCAACACUAAUAAAAAAUUGAAAAAAAAUUCGGAACAUAUGAGUGAUGCAACUCUGCCUAAGUACUCAAAUAGUGCUUCGAUAAAUCUUGAGCCCUCUGAGAAUUCAACAACCCAACGGAAAACUAAUGCUACUUCCUCAGAAUUUUUAGAAGAAGAUGGUGUCGAUUUUUGGGAGAGUUUACGUUCAUUGGCCAAUGUCCCAACAUCAAAUGAUAGCAAUAGUGGUAAUAAUGGAUGA